AUGUCCACUGUGAUCCUUGGAGGAGGCAUUAUCGGAUCCUCAAUCGCCUACUACCUAUCUGAAAAUGUAUCAUCCGACGAGAUCCAUAUUGUUGAGGCAUCGUCUCAAUUGUUCAGUGCUGCAUCGGGAUAUGCUGCAGGUUUCCUAGCCAAGGACUGGUUUGCGCCAGCCCUUGCACCCCUGGGAGCUCUUUCUUUCAAUCUGCAUCAGUCGCUGGCCGCCAAGCAUGGAGGUGCGCAGAAAUGGGGAUACAUGAAAGGCACAGCACUGAGCCUGGACGUCUCCGCCAAGAAGAAAGGAGGCGCUCAUGGAGAUGACUGGCUAAGUGCAGGAACAAGUCGAGCAGAAACAACUGCCAGCUCCAGCAGCCAUAUUCAUGCGGAGGUACCGGGUUGGUUGACGAAGCAGAAGGAAGGGGUUCUUGAGAAGAUUAGCGACGACGACACUGUUGCUCAAGUAGACCCAUUGAGGUUGUCAAAAUUUCUUUUGGAGAGUUCUUUGUCCCGCGGUGUCAGAUUGCACAAUCCGGCCAAGGCCACAUCCAUCAUUACAGAUCAAGUCAGUGGCACGAUCACCGGGGUCAGAAUCGUCAAUCUGGCUACUCGGGCCGAGUGCACGCUUCCAUGCACAAAUAUUAUCAUUUGCGCUGGACCCUGGACACCACAAGUCUAUCAUGAUCUGUUCCCUUCGUCUCGUCUUUCAAUUCCAAUCACCUCUUUGGCUGGAUACUCUCUUGUCAUUCGUUCCCCUAGAUACACGCUCGAAGACGAGAGGGUAACAUACGCUGGCCGCAGUCAUGCCGUGUUUAUGUCACACCCUGUUUCAAGCGGUUUCUGUCCCGAGAUUUUCUCUCGCCAAGGUGGAGAGAUCUACAUAGCCGGUCUGAACCACACACAUAUCCCUCUUCCAGCUCAGGCGGAAGACUCGUGCAGGAUAAUGGAACAGAAGGAGAUAACACGAUUGACAAAGGUGGCGGUUCGUCUGAUGGGAGGACUGACUGAAGACAGUGUGGAAUCGACAGACAACAUUGCCAACACAAAUGACUUGGAGAUAUUGCGUGAAGGCCUAUGUUUCCGCCCCGUUUCCGCGCGUGGAGUUCCCUUCGUCGCUAGAGUUGACGAUGACUUGCUAGGCGAGCUCAAAACUGGUUCUAGAAACAGAACUGAGACUGGUAGAGGAAAGGGAGGCGUUUUCAUUGCGUCAGGCCAUGGUCCGUGGGGUAUCUCAUUGUCAUUGGGAACUGGGAAAGUGAUUGCGCAAAUGGUGAAGGGAGUUGAGCCUGAUGUAGAUAUCAUCAUGGCCAACUAUCUCGCCUCCAUUUUCGGUACAGAACAGGACAAGGUCAAUUGCUCCUUUUACUACAAGAUUGGCGCCUGCAGACACGGUGACAGAUGCUCCCGCAAGCAUGUCAAGCCAUCAUACUCCCAGACGAUCCUGAUGCCCAACAUGUACCAGAACCCGGCCUACGACCCAAAGAACAAGAUGAACCCUAGCCAGCUGCAAAACCACUUCGAUGCGUUCUAUGAGGAUGUGUGGUGCGAGAUGUGCAAGUACGGCGAGUUGGAGGAAUUGGUUGUGUGCGACAACAACAAUGACCAUCUAAUCGGCAACGUCUACGCGCGAUUCAAAUACGAAGAGGACGCACAAGCUGCAUGCGAUGCACUCAAUUCGCGCUGGUACGCAGCACGACCGAUAUACUGCGAGUUAUCACCAGUGACAGAUUUCCGAGAAGCGUGUUGUCGGUUGAAUAGUGGCGAAGGAUGCGUACGAGGCGGAUUCUGCAAUUUCAUUCACCGGAAAGAUCCCAGCCCCGAGCUCGACCGUGAGCUUCGCUUGAGCACCAAGAAGUGGCUCAGAGAACGAGGCCGGGACGCGAGAAGUGUCAGCCGGAGUCCUAGUCCGGAGCCUACCAGGCGGAGAUUUUAG